AUGCCUUCAGGGGGCCUGAAAGUCGCAACAGACAAGUACGCAACUAGAGCCGCCGAGGAGGCUGACACCCCAGUCUCAGCAAGCUUCCGGGUUCAAAGUAUAGAAGAGCUCGACGAUCUCGUAACACGGCCCAAUGCACCACCACUCACAUUCCCGCUGAUUGUGAAGCCUUGUCUAGGCUGGUCGAGCGACUGCGUCACACGGGUGACGACCAUCGGCGAACUCCGUGACGCUGUACACCGCGCCUCUGUCCGUCACUUAGGGUCAAUUUCCACCAGUACCGGUGUGGUUAUCGAGCCCUAUAUCGACGGACCUGAAGUAGAUACCAAUAUAAUCCUGCUCGACGGAGAGUGUUUGUUUUUUGAAAUCUCCGAUGAUUUCCCUUGCACUGGAGACGCACCCGACGCAAAUGCCCAGACGAGCAACUUUCAAGAGACUCAGAUCAUGUACCCCACAGCCCUCCCUGAAGCCGAACAAAUGACCCUACGAGAUAGCAUCCGGAACAGUCUGAUUCGGUUAGGACUUACCACAGGUGUUUUUCACGUUGAGGCUAGGGUUCGCAAUUCCGUUGCUAAUUAUGCAACCGAUGAAUCGGGGCUGUUUGAUCUCCGCAUUGGCUCAGACCAGUCGGAUCUCCAAGCUGAGCAGCCAAAUUGCUGGCUGAUUGAAUUUGGUCCUUGCGGUAAUUUGGCGAGGCUGAUCAGGCAGUCAACAUGGAUGAACCUUCCCACUCUGCGCUAUUUGAGAAAGCGAUAA